UCUCCCAGUUCCACCUGCGUGGAUUUGCCACUCAGGAUGUGCAGCGAUGCCGCCUACAACCGGACAGCCUUUCCCACCCUGCUGAAUCAGCGGUCCCGGGAGGCGGUGGAGGCCAGCUCCGAGUACAUCCUGCUGAGUGUCCUGCACCACCUCCUCGAGGGCCAGUGCAACCCUGACCUGCGGCUGCUGGGCUGUGCCGUACUGGCACCCCGGUGCGAGGGUGGCCAGGCACGCAGGCCCUGCCGGCAUGUCUGUGAGGACCUUCGGAAGGCCUGCCAGCCCGCCUUCGAUGCCAUCGACAUGGCCUGGCCUUACUUCCUGGACUGCGCACUCUACUUCGCCCGUGACGAGGAGGGUUGCUAUGACCCCCUGGAGAAGCUGCGUGGAGGCCUGGAGGCAGAGGACUCCCUGCCCUCGGGCCUGCCCCCCACCUUUAUCCACUUCGACCACCACUCUUACGCCCAGAUGGUGCGUGUGCUGAGGAGGACGGCCACCCGGUGCGCCCACAUCGCCACGACCUACAGCAUCGGGCGCAGCUUCGAAGGCAAGGAGCUGCUGGUCAUCGAGUUCUCGGGCCGCCCUGGCCAGCACGAGCUGAUGGAACCCGAAGUGAAGCUUAUUGGCAACAUCCAUGGCAAUGAGGUGGCCGGCCGGGAGAUGCUUAUCUACCUGGCCCAGUACCUGUGCUCCGAGUACCUGCUGGGCAAUCCCCGCAUUCAGCGCCUGAUCAACACCACCCGCAUCCACCUGCUGCCCUCCAUGAACCCUGAUGGCUACGAGGUGGCGGCUGCCGAGGGUGCUGGCUACAACGGGUGGACGAGCGGGAGGCAGAAUGCACAGAACCUGGACCUGAACCGCAACUUCCCUGACCUGACGUCCGAGUACUACCGGCUGGCCGAGGUCCGUGGUGCGCGCAGUGACCACAUGGCCAUUCCCCAGCACUACUGGUGGGGUAAGGUGGCCCCUGAGACCAAAGCCGUCAUGAAGUGGAUGAGAACCAUCCCCUUCGUGCUCUCGGCCAGCCUGCACGGAGGCGACCUGGUGGUGUCCUACCCCUUCGACUUCUCCAAGCACCCCCAGGAGGAGAAGAUGUUCUCUCCCACGCCUGAUGAGAAGAUGUUCAAGCUGCUGGCCAGAGCCUACGCCGACGUGCACCCCAUGAUGAUGGACAGGUCGGAGCACAGGUGUGGGGGGAACUUCCUCAAGACGGGGAGCAUCAUUAACGGGGCGGACUGGUACAGCUUCACUGGAGGCAUGUCGGACUUUAACUACCUGCAUACGAACUGCUUCGAGAUCACGGUGGAGCUGGGCUGCGCGAAGUUCCCGCCCAGGGAGGCGCUGUACACGCUCUGGCAGCACAACAAGGAGCCGCUUCUGAACUUCGUGGAGACGGUGCAUCGCGGCAUCAAGGGCGUGGUGAUGGACAAAUUUGGGAAGCCAGUCAAGAAUGCCAGGGUCAUAGUCAAGGGCAUCCGCCAUGACAUCACCACAGCCCUCAAUGGCGACUACUGGAGACUGCUGCCCUCAGGGUCCCACAUCAUCAUCGCCCAAGCCCCCGGCUACUCCAGGGUCAUCAAGAAGGUCACCAUCCCCGCCCACAUGAGGAGGGCCGGCCGGGUGGACUUCAUCCUCCAGCCCCUGGGAGCAGGACCCACGAAGUCCCUCCACGGGCUACGGAGAGGUGGGCCGGCGCCCCGUGACCCACUGGAAGACAAAGACAGUGACCAGCACGGCGAGCUCCCAGGGUUCCAGAGGCAGCCCCCCGCAAACGGGGGCAAGCCCUGGUGGUGGUCCUACCUCAGUUCGCUGAGUCAGCACAAGCCGCGCUGGCUGCUCAAGUACUAA